AUGGAAGUUUUGUGCAUCUGUGGACAAUGGAUCUCAAAAGAAUAUCUCCAGUGGGAGUUUCUUGUUGAUUUGAAGAGGAAUGCAUCAAUCAUUUCCAUAGAAGAAGAUCUACUGUAUGAAGAUUUGAUGAAGAUUGUCUCUGAAGAUUUUAGUGUUAAAGAGGAAAAAAUCAGUUUGAGUUAUGGUGUUUCUACAGUUCCUUCGAAUGCUCUUCCGGAUUUUAGUCCUGUCCAUAUUAGACUUUUGCAGAGUCUUCUAUAUGAAGGUGUUUCUACAGUUCCUCUGAAUGCUCUUCCGGAUUUUAGCCCUGUCCAUAUUGGACUUUCACCAACCACGAGAGGAGCUGGCGAUAUUAAGGUGAAUAGCUAUUUUAAGACAAAGAGAGAGUUGAUGUUGAGGAUGAAGAAAUGGGCUUUAGAGUGGAAGUUUGAGUACAAGACUGUCUCUUCUAACAAGUCAAGAGUGCUUUUGAGUUGUGUUGAUGAAAAUUGCACGUGGAGGAUGCGUGCUAUCAAGCUACCUCUUUCAGAUUUUUUCGUUGUUAAAAAGUAUGUUCAUGAGCAUACAUGCGAUACAACACACAGGAAAGCCAACCACAGACAAGCAUCUGCAAAGUUGUUGGGUUCUUUGAUUUGCAGCAAUUAUGGAGAAAAAAAGGAAGGUCUCAAACCGAAACAGAUCAUUGAACAGGUCAGGAUGCUGCAUGGUGUUCACAUCAAUUACAAACAAGCUUGGAGAGUGAGAGAAGAAGCUCAGAUUUUGGUUAGAGGGACUCCUGAAGACAGCUAUUACAAUUUGUCUAGGUGGUUGUAUAAAAUCACAGAAACAAACCCUGGUUCCUUGACUUAUCAACAUGUGGAUGCUGCAGGAAAGUUCAAGUAUGCAUUUGUGGCUUUUGGUCCUUCGAUAAGGGGAUUCUCAUUGAUGAGGAGAGUUAUUGCAGUAGAUGGUACAUUUCUGAAGGGAAAAUUCAAUGGGACUUUAUUGGCAGCUUGUGCUCAAGAUGGGAAUUAUCAUCUAUAUCCUCUCGCCUUUGCAGUGGUUGACGCAGAAAAUGGCGCCUCUUGGAAAUGGUUCUUUAGAGGUUUGAGCCAGAAGAUCCCGGACGCUUCGGAUCUUGUUUUUGUAUCAGACAGGGCUAACUCCAUUUCUUCAGCGUUGGAGGAUGUAUAUCCCUUAUCUCACCAUGGAAUUUGCAGGAUCCAUCUGCUCCGCAACAUCACUCCUACAUAUGCGAAGACUGGGUUGCUACCUCUGGUGGAAAGCGCUGCUGAUGCCUAUACGUGUCACGAGUUCUGGUUAAUCUUCAAGGACAUAAAGGAUAAAUGUCCUGAAUUGGCUAAGUAUCUGGAAGAUUCUGAUUUUAGGAAGUGGGCACGAAGCUAUGCGCCUGCGAACAGGUUAGGGGCCGCAAUGUUGUUGAAUGUGUAUCAAGUUGAUCGAAGCGAGUUUGAGGUGAAGAAUGAAACAAUGAAGUUUGUUGUUGACUUGGAGAAGCGGCAUUGCACAUGUAAUGUUUUCGACAUUGACAAGAUCCCUUGCAUCCAUGCCAUCGCUGCUGCUAAGCAUAUCAAGAGAGAUGAAAACCUUUUUGUUGAUGCUUCUCACUUGACAGAAACGUGGGCUAAAGCUUAUGCUGAAAGCAUACAUCCUGGUGGAGAGUUGUCAACGUCCACCUAUCCAGAGAAUAUUGAUGAACUGUCUUGCCCACCUCCAGCUACCAAAAAGAAAAGUGGACGCCCUCCUACAAAGAGAAAGAGAUCCGUUGGCGAGUUUGGGGUUCCUGGAUCUAAAUCUCAGUCCCACAAGUGCAGCAGAUGUGGCACAGGAGGGCACAACAAGAGCACAUGCGAGAGGCCUAUAGGAUGA